AUGGUGCUGUCUUUCUCGCGGCUGAAAAGUCGUGUCAGCCUGUCUGCGCUCUUCCACCUCAACGGCAGCGUCUUCCCUUUCGCCACCAAGGUAGCUUUGCCUUGCGCGCUGGUGGCCUUCCUCUUCAAAUAUGGAGAAGUUCACGAAUGGCCAGUCCUUACUGAUAUUCUGUCGCAUACGGAGAUGGAUGCCACGGUCUACAAUGCAUUCUCAACUCUUCUUGGGAUACUGGUCGUUUUUCGGACUGGGCAAGCCUACGACAGAUUCUGGGAUGGUAGCACUCUGACACAUCAGAUGCGUGGCGACUGGUUCGAUGCAGCUAGCAGCAUCAUCUCGUUCACCAGGACUUCCAAAGCCGAUGCCAAGAAACUUUGGGAGUUCCGACAGAUAGUGGUGCGCCUGUUCAGCAUGUUGCACGCGCUCAGCCUGGCCGAGCUCGAGGACGACGAUGACGAAGAUGAUGACAGAUGGGCCUACCGCCUGCGCCUCAUCGACGGCACGGGUAUUGAUGUGAAAUCGCUGAAGGCAUUGAAGAAAGCUGAAUGCAAGGUCGAACUCGUCUUCCAUUGGAUCCAGUCCAUAGUUGUCUGCAGCAUCGAUUGUGGGAUUAUGUCGGCGCCAUCACCUAUUCUUACGCGGGCAUACAGCGAGUUAGCGAGUGGUAUGGUCAAAUUCCAUGACUGCCUGAAGAUCGCGCGGAUCGCAGUACCUUUUCCGUAUUCCCAAGCCACGCUGAUGUUACUGGUUAUCCACUGGAUCGUGACACCCUUUGUCAUGGUGCUUGGGACCCAAACUCCGGCGAUCUCCUGCGUCAUCACCUUCAUCACUGUGUUCAUUUUGUGGAGCCUGCACUCCAUAGCAAUUGAGCUUGAAAACCCGUUUGGUGCAGACGCCAAUGACCUGGAUGUUCAUGACAUGCAGCAUGACAUGAACAACCGCCUCUUGCUGCUCUUGGACCCGAUCUCGGCACAGCUGCCAUGCCUGUCCGGACAACAUGUUCAGGAUCAUGAAUGCUUGCUUGACAUGGAGAGGGAGCGCGUUAUGCCAGCUUUUGAGACUCUCUGGAAAAACUUGGCCACGGAAGUUGAGCAAGGUGCUGAUAUUAAGCGUGGUCGCCGCAGCCUGGUUCAGCUCCGGCGCGGCUCCUUCAUCGCCAAGAAGUCGAGCAGCCAGGUGUCGCUCACCGAGUAUCAGAAGCGUGUUCAGGAUGUCCUGAGCUCGCCGGAGAAUGGUAAGAAGCCACAGUGGCCAGGCAUUAUGGGUCGCAUCCUGUCCUCAGGUUCGAAGCGGACUGGCAGCAGAGAUGGCAGCAGAACUGGCAGCGAUGCCUCACUGCCGACUCCUGCCAAGGUGGCCAGCAAAAGCACUUUGAGUUCUUCCUCCCCGAGCGGGACUGAGGUUAUGCUGGACUGCUUGUCGAACGGUCAGCUUGAGUCUGUCAUGGAGUCUGAUGCAGAGCACGACAAGGCACUCGAUCCAUCUAUGGAGCUCGCUUGUGGACCGGUGGCGUCGAACUCGCUUUCCAGACCCUCAAGCCGAGGCAAUUUCCGCUCCGAAGGAUCGUCGCCAAGGAAGGUCACCAACUGGCAGGUGCCGCUCGACUCCGCCCCGGAGGACUGUGAAGGCCAAGGCCGCUCACGUGCAGUCCUGCAGCAGCCGCAAGCAUGCGAGCAGCUGCCCUGCGCAAGCAACUUCCAGCAGUGCAUCCAUGCCUGCGGCGUGGCCGAGUUCCAGGCACUCUAUGACUGGCUGCUGGUGAGCCCACAGCAAGCAGAAGAUGUUGAUGCGAUUACAGCUGGCCAGGCCCAAGCCCGAGCACUUUGGGACAAAGGCCGGCGGGGCAUCCGCAAGCAUGGCUGGGUGACAGAAGUCAACUGGACUGACGGAGCGAAUCGUUGCAGCACUCGCCUUGUCGCCUUGCUAACUUGCAUGGGAAGGGAUGCACGGUGUGAAGAGGUCAUGGAACAGUUCAGGUCGGUCCAGGCGAUCGGCCAGGCACUCGACGAGCGCAUGCGUUCUCUUGCAAAGGAAUACUUGCCCGAGACCGGGGUGCGAUCGCCACUUCUUCGGGUCGGGCACAGUGUGAAAUCGGACUUGCAGGCUUUCUUGCGGCAGCUGCCAAGCCUUUCCGCGGGCCUCGCAGCUACGGAGCUUGCCGCAAGGCUGGCGCAAACCGUGGGUCAGCGAGCACGCAUGCUGGCUUGGCAUCUCGGAAUGCAUGCAUGGGUCCGUGGCCUCCGCGUUCCAGGCCGCGGCGCACCUGUCCUCAUCCUACACGAAGAGUACAUGUCCUUUCAGGACAUGACCGCCGCCAUAGUAGGCACCAUGGUACGGAACGGCCAGAGCCAUAUGGCACUCGUAGAAAUCGGUGUGCCUCUGGAGGACUGGUCCACACUUGCUGCUCUCAGAGACUUUCCUGGUGUGCAAUAUGCUGGGAUCAUGGCUGAGCCCGACCAUCCUUCUGAGAUUGAAGGUCGAGCUUUCAUCUUCGAGCAACGACGAGCCGAGCUCCAGACAUCCUUGGGAGACCGUGGUGUGCUUUACCUCGCAUCCUUACAGAGGGCAGCAGAUGCCUUCCCAUCCAGGUCCAUGGACGUGGCCAUGGUUGAUUUCCGCGGGCGCUCCGCGGACUACGCGCAGGAGCAGAUGGCUCUCUGGGAGUCCAAAGUGAAGCCCGGUGGAGUCCUGCUGGGCGUUGGCUUUUCGCCUGCACACCCAGAGAUUAUUCUCACUUCGGAAACAGCGAACUUGCUGCCUGACUUCCACUUCCAGAGCGAUGACGAGGAUCACCAUUCCUUGGGUCUGGCUCUGGGCUCCAGCUACAGGGCAGCGGUUCGGGCAAGACUUGCAUCUCACGAAAUGGCUAUCGACCAGCUUCUGAACAGUAGCAGGUGUCAACAGCUUUUCCAGCAGUUGCUGGCCAACCACGAGAAGCACGUGCCAGAGCUUCUCGAGGAGCUGCGGGGCAUUGCAACUGGGGCCAACGUGUCCAGCGAGCGGCUUAUUGCCAUGAGCCUCCAGGAGGAGUUGGCAUAUUGCCAAGACACUUUGGCGGCCACCCCCCGACGAGUCGACCACUGCACGGAUUCUAUGCUUUGCAACUCGCAGCAUUGUUUUGAUGCGCACAACGAGGACGGUGAUAUGGCUGACAAGUGGCUGUUUGCUGCUUUCGUCUCCUUCGGGAAGAGCAACUUCACUGUCCUAAAUUAUGCCGGUGAUCUGCUUGGGGGAAUGUCGGCCUUCGCCUUCAACAAACAGGGCAUUGCAUUCUCGCUGAAUUGGGUGGGUCCGGGAGACUGCGAUCCUACUGGCCUCGGUCGCAACUUCAUUAGCAGGCAGCUGCUGACAGCGACAGGUUGGGACGAGGCUCAGCGUAUCAUAUCCCAGCGACAUGCAGCAGGCCACAACUAUCAACUCAUGGAUUUCAAGAGCCGUCGAAUCGCGAACUUCGAGGUUGCUCACGACCAGGUGUCUGAAGUGGCCGUCGGAAGCGCUUUCUUCCAUGUCAACCAGUAUCAGACGCUGACCGUCCCCGAUCAGGUGGUCGGGAAUAGCUCCGUGCAUCGCUUGGCACGGCUUCGCAUGCUGCCAGCGCCGCAGACGCCACAGGAUGCACUGAAAAUUCUUGGAGACCAGCACGACCGCUCGUAUCCCAUUUUCCAUGACGAGCACUCGCACGCAACCGGGGACUUGAGUGAUUGGACACUGGCCACAGUGCUGUUCAACCUCGACCAGGGAACGGUGAACCUCAUGGCCGGAAACCCCAAGGAGCUGCAGCUACAAAGGCGUUUCUGGCUUUCAAUGCCACCACAGCCUGACCAAGCGGUGGUUGUUUGA